UUUCGAAGCCAGUUCGUCACUAACCAAUACAUCGUCGCCUACUAAUACGCCUUUCGACUACGACAAUAUGCCUCUUCAAUUUCAACGCAGCCUGCCUCUACUCCCCUCCUCCGCGACCCCCGAUGUCUCCUCGGCGAUGAACGAAAUUUUAAAAGAGUCCGAAUUGCCAGGCGCUCCCAGUCCCCUCCCAGACAGGCGCCCCUACGAGGAAUCCGUCCUCGACAAAAGUCUCCGCCUGGCCCUCUCCCUCCACUCCACCUCGCCUUCCUCUUCCUUCACCGAAGAAGAGAACCAUGUCCCGACCAACAAUUGCCCCUACCGCAAGAUUGGUGCCGGCGCCUGCGGUGCCAUCUUCGCCCAAGAGGGCAAAUCAGUCGUUGCCAAGCUUGCCAAGGACCCCAACAGCAAGGCGCUAUGGAAUGACUUCCAGCAGCACCGAAAGAUCUCACGCCUUUUUAAUAAGGUGUACCAAGUUGAAGAAGUCCGGGUGCCCAAGCUGCUUGGAUUUGUGCCGCCUAAGAAGACGGAGUUUUGGGAUGCGGAACCCGGCCUCACCAAAGCAGCAGAGAACAUCUGCACCCUUCCUACCCACGCCCUCAUUGCCGAGCGCAUCUUGCCCCUCCCCCGCAGCACCCGCCACCUCCUCAUCGAGAAGUACUGCGCUCCCCGAGGCAAGCAGAAGGCCCUGGCCGACCCAGCCAACAACGACUGCCUGGUGCGGGUCUACCUCGGCUCGACAAACGGCAAGAGCAGCAGCAUGUUCUUCUCCCUUCGGAACCUCAAGCUGCACCUCAACCAGCUCAUCGAGCUUAAUCUCGAUAUUGAUGAACUUGCCUGUAGAAUGGGCAUUGCCCUUGCCGUGAUGCACUGGGGGGCGAAGACUGACGCCCGCGACGUUGAGUUUGUGUUGGGCAGCAGCUCAACCAAGAAAGCCACCCUCGAAGAUAUUCUCGAUAAUAUCGAGGACGAUGCCAAGCCGCGGUACGUCGGUCCCUCGACCUACCACGGCCUUGAAGAUUUCUUCUGUCGGGAGACAGAGAUGUGGGUCCUGGAUUUUAACCAGGUCAGGAACAUCACCCUUGAUGAUGCCGGGGUCGCUUUGGCCGUGGAAGCGGUCAAACUCAAUGACCCGUACUUUCCCAAGCCGCUCAAGGAAUCCGAGGCGGAGAAGCAGGCCUGGAAGGCAUUCACGGUCAGUUACCUCGAAAACUCGACGACCAUUCUGGAACAGGCCCUCAAGAACGAUAAGGAUAAGGCGUUGGGCGGCGAGAUCCUGGCGUUGCCUAGGAAGUUUGUACUGGGCAUCAUUGAGUUGGAGAAGGAGCGGAUGACCCGCCGCGAAGGCGCCAACGCGUGAAUUUGAGGGGGUUUUAGAUGGACCAGAGGCAUUAUGUUCAUUUUCGGAGGCCUGGUUUUUGUUGCGGAGGCAUAAAGUUGAUUUACAAUGGAAUAGGUCUUGAUUGGGAAGCAUAAUGGACGAGCAGCAUACUACGCGAUAGGGAAGUUAUUAAAUCUGCCGAGAUUGGGCUCAUAUUCACUUUUUUUCUUCUCGUAAUGUCGAUCUCCCUACCUACCAUAGCCUGAAAAUUACGAGGGCAUCUGGCCUUGUAGGG